AUGUCUCGUGGACCUGCGAUUCAAGGCAGUACGUCUGCGACUUGGGCCAUAGCUGUCAUUUGUGUUGCAUUGCGAUUCAUUGCACGUCGAGCUUCGAAAGCUGGUGUUUGGUAUGAUGAUUGGAUGGUCAUCCCUGGUCUGAAGAUCGUGCUUGGAUGCAUUUUCGGUCUCGGUAGCUUGGUGAUAAUGGUCUCCGGCGUUCGCCUACACCACCUAAUCUUGUAUGCUGAUGCAAAAGAUGGGAGCAUCACGAAGAAUCUCACUACCGUUGUAAUCCUGACGAGCGUGGAAGUCAACACCUCGAUCAUCUGUGCAUGUCUACCUUGCCUCAGACCUAUAGGAUCCUUCGUGCUGGAUAAGAUUGAUGCUUUUCGCAAGCGGACUAGAUUGGCGAGACAAGGCAACGAGCUACUCAAUGAUAUGCUACCGCGGCGGAAGCAAAACAAAGAGCAGUCGUCCACUUCACAUACUGACGCUCAUCCUGAUGGGCUCGCUGAAAUGAACGGAAGCGCCCAAGAUCUCACAUUGCAGGAAGCUGAGGCAACAGGGCGUGCCAUGCCGGAAAUGGCUGGUGUUGGCAUCGGCCCAUUAGAGAUGGGAACGGCUGAUGUUGCAGCGUCAGAACUUCGAGGUCAUAAGGAUAGGCGUUCGCCUGCGGAGCUUGAGGCGGCUGAGCCAGGAAGACGGUGA